AUGAGCGACAGUGGUGCCACUAACCAUGGUGAACUGCUGAACGCCCAUGAAAGUGACCAGACCUAUGGACAGGCGACCAGCAUUUCACAUGAGAUGGACAGUCCGUACUACAGCAAAACAACAGCUGUAGAUGGCAGUGGUGGAGCUGCAAGUGGAGGAGAAAACUCAAACAGUGGUGACAAUGGCGGCUUUACGCCCAUCUCAAUGUCCGUCGAUGAGGCCUUUCGCAAGUACUUUCCUGCGCAGAAGCAGGAUCAGGAAGGUGGUGAACAGCAACAGCAACAACAACAACAGAACUCAGGUGACGUUUAUGGAAGCAGCAAUCAACAGCAGCAGCAGACGCCAAAAAGCAGCACACAGUACAUAACGACGUACGCCUCGGACGACGGCGAGAAUGCCCAACAG